AUGCGACCGACAGGACAAGUGGAGUUGGGGGCGACACGCAAUCGGACAGCGGAAAGCAGCGCACGGAGCGCGUUGCCCUUCGGUGAGGUAAGAUCCACACUACAACGAGAGGGGAUAAGAGCAGAGGCACGGACCUCCCCUGUCGCCGGGCCGACACGCUGGCGCGGGAGCCGCACGAGGCGAUCUACGACGAAGACCCCGCGACUCGCUGCGCCCCCUCGUCUACGCCAAGAAUUCGCAAGCGAAGCCGUCGCCAAGGACGCCCUUGAGGCGGUCGCACGCUGUCAUGAGCGGACCACUCCCCAGAGAUCCUCGCCACCUUCCGCACCAACGCACCUCCUCAGUAGGAGGCGGAAGACGUCGGCAUUAAAGGGGGAGGGUGAGUCGUCCUCGAAAGACGACCCGACGCAACCGGCCAGACCAUUGCGCCUCCUCGCAUGCGUCAAGAGGCUACCAGCGGAGCCACCGUCGUGGCAAUCACCUCCUAGUCGUACAGCCGGACUACACGCCCGCGUACCAUUUCUUUCGCAUGCGCCCCGGUAG